UCGCCCCCCUCACGUUAUACCCGGAGCCCCGCCCACUAAGGAGCGGCCCCGCAGGCAGGAUGAACCGCCCGAAGCCCGCGGCCGCGCGCCGUCCUAGCGCCGUCGCCAAACCCUCCGGCCACCCCCCUCCGGGUGAUUUCAUUGCCUUGGGUUCGAAAAGCCAGGCCAAUGAAUCGAAAGCAGCCGCAGCGUUGCUCAAGCCGGCUUCGGCCGGGCUGCCCUCUGAGCGGAAACGGGAGGCCGCCACCACCUUGUCCAGCACUUCAGGACUGACUGGGCUGGCCAAGCGCCCCAAGCUGUCCUCGACGCCCCCCCUCAGCGCCUUGGGGCGCCUGGCAGAGGCUGCCGUGGCUGAGAAACGGGCCAUUUCGCCCUCCAUCAAGGAGCCCUCGGUGAUCCCCAUCGAAGUGGCCCCAACCAUCCUUCUGGAUGAGAUCGAGGCCGCCGAAGCCGAAGGCAACGAUGACCGCAUCGAAGGGGUGCUGUGCGGGGCCGUGAGGCAGCUGAAGAUCAAUCGGGCCAAACCUGACACCACCCUGUACUUGAGCCUGAUGUACCUGGCGAAAAUCAAGCCCAACAUCUUCGCCACAGAAGGAGUGAUUGAGGCGCUGUGCAGCCUCCUCCGCCGAGAUGCCACCAUCAACUUCAAAGCCAAAGGGAACAGCUUGGUGUCUGUCUUGGCCUGUAACCUUCUCAUGGCGGCGUACGAGGAGGAUGAAAAUUGGCCUGAGAUCUUUGUCAAGGUGUACAUUGAGGACUCCCUGGGGGAACGCAUCUGGGUGGACAGCCCCCACUGCAAGACCUUUGUGGAGAACAUCCAGACGGCGUUCAGCACCAAGAUGCCCCCUAAAAGCAUUUUGUUACACGGGGAGGUUGGCCGCAGCGGAGGGGAUCUCAGCGCCGGGAACAGCCCGCAUCCCUCCAUGCCGGAAGAGGAGGAUAGCCAGAGCGAGCUGUUGAUUGCUGAGGACAAGAUGAGCCCAGAACAAGAGGGACAGCUGAUGCCCAGGUACGACGACCUCGCUGAGAGCGUGGAAGAAUACGUCCUGGACAUGCUGCGGGAACAGAUCAACCGGCGCCAGGUGAUGGAUAACGUCUCCCGGAAUCUCUUGCGCCUGCUCACCGCCACUUGUGGCUACAAAGAGAUCCGGCUAAUGGCCGUGCAGAGGCUGGAGAUCUGGCUGCAAAACCCCAAGCUCAAUAGACCGGGCCAGGACUUGCUCAUGUCGAUCUGCAUGAAUUGCAACACCCACAGCUCUGAGGACGUGGAGGUGGUCUCCAACCUGAUCAAAAUCCGGGUGAAACCCAAAGUCCUACUCAACCAUUACAUGCUCUGCAUCAGGGAGCUCCUGAACGCUCACCGGGACAACUUGGGCACCGUGGUCAAAUCGGUGAUUUUCAACGAACUCUCCAAUGCCAGGAACCCCAACAACAUGCAGAUCCUCUACACGGUUCUCCAGCACAGCCCGGAGCUGGCACCAAAGUUCCUAGCGAUGGUGUUCCAGGACCUGCUGACGAACAAAGACGAUUACUUGCGGGCUUCGCGGGCCUUGCUCCGGGAGAUCAUCAAGCAGACGAAACACGAGAUCAGCUUCCAGGCUUUCUGUCUGGGUCUCAUGCAGGAACGGAAGGAGUCUCAAUAUGUCGAGAUGGAGUUCAAGGACCGGUUUGUCAUCCACAUCACGGACCUGCUGGCCGUCUCCAUGAUGCUCAGCAUCACCGCCCAGGUGAAGGAGGCCGGGGUCGCCUGGGACAAAGGAGAGAAAAAGAACUUGGAGGUGCUGCGCUCCUUCCAGAAUCAGAUCGCAGCGAUUCAGCGCGACGCCGUCUGGUGGCUGCACACGGUGGUCCCAUCCAUCUCGAAACUGGCUCCCAAGGACUACGUGCACUGCCUCCACAAAGUGCUUUUCACAGAGCAGCCGGAGACCUACUACAAAUGGGACAACUGGCCCCCCGAGAGUGACCGCAACUUCUUCCUCCGCCUCUGCUCCGAAGUGCCGAUCCUGGAAGACACGCUCAUGCGCAUCCUUGUGGUCGGGCUGUCGCGUGACCUGCCCCUGGGCCCUGCUGACGCCAUGGAGCUCGCCGACCACCUGGUGAAAAGGGCGGCCGCCGUGCAGGCGGACGAUCUGGAAGUCUUGAGAGUUGAGAGGAUCCAGCUCAUCGACGCGGUGUUGAAUCUGUGCACUUAUCACCAUCCGGAGAACAUCCAGCUGCCCCCCGGGUACCAGCCUCCGAAUCUGGCCAUUUCGACUCUCUAUUGGAAGGCGUGGCCUCUGUUGCUGGUCGUAGCCGCCUUCAAUCCCGAAAACAUAGGUCUCGCUGCCUGGGAGGAGUACCCCACGCUGAAGAUGCUUAUGGAAAUGGCGAUGACCAACAAUUACUCCUACCCUCCCUGCACCCUGACGGACGAAGAGACCCGCACCGAGAUGAUCAACCGCGAGCUGCAGAUCUCGCAGCGGGAGAAGCAAGAGAUCCUCGCCUUCGAGGGCCACCUGGCUGCCGCCUCCACCAAGCAGACCAUCACGGAGAGCAGCAGCCUCUUGCUGUCCCAGCUCACCAGUCUGGAUCCCCAGGGCCCUCCCCGCAGGCCGCCUCAGCCCGUCCUGGAUCAAGUGAAGAGCCUCAAUCAGUCCCUCCGCUUAGGACAUCUCCUGUGCCGCAGCCGGCAUCCGGACUUCCUGCUCAACAUCAUUCAGAGACAGGCUUCUUCCCAGUCCAUGCCGUGGCUGGCGGACCUGGUCCAGUCCAGCGAGGGAUCCUUGGACGUCCUCCCGGUGCAAUGCCUUUGCGAGUUCCUUCUGCAUGAUGCCGCUGACGAAUCGGCUUCCGGCGAGGAGGAAGAAGAGGGAGAAAGUAAAGAGCAACGCGCUAAGAAGCGGCAGAGGCAGCAGAAGCAGCGUCAGUUGCUGGGCCGCCUCCAGGACCUGCUCUUGGGGCCCAAAGCGGACGAGCAGACCACGUGCGAAGUGCUCGACUAUUUCCUGAGGCGCCUCAGUUCGUCGCAGGUGGCCUCCCGGGUCCUGGCCAUGAAGGGCCUGUCGUUGGUGCUUUCGGAAGGCGGACUCCGCGACCGGGAAGAGAAGGAGCACCCCAUGGAGGAGGACUCUGGCGACUCGGAGCUCCUGCAGGGCUACCAGUGGCUGCUGCAAGACCUGCCCAAGCUGCCCUUGUUCGACAGCGUCCGGGCGACCACGGCGGUUGCGUUGCAGCAGGCCAUUCAUAUGGAGACGGAUCCCCAGACCAUCAGUGCUUACUUGGUGUACCUUUCCCAGCAUGCUCCAGUAGAGGAUCAGGGCCAACACAACGACCUUGCUCUGGACGUGGCCCGGCUCAUUGUGGAGCGCUCCACCAUCAUGUCCCACCUCUUCUCGAAGGUCUCCUACUGUUCGGAGUCGGAUGCCGUGCUGGUGGCCCUGCUGUCGGUCUUCUCACGCUACAUCAAGCGCAUGCGGCAGAGCAAAGAAGGCGAGGAGGUGUACAGCUGGUCGGAAUCCCAAGAUCAAGUGUUCCUGCGCUGGAUCAGCGGAGAAACCGCAACGAUGCACAUCCUGGUGGUCCACGCCAUGGUGAUCCUGCUGACGCUCGGACCGCCUCAAGCUGGGGACGGUGAUUUUUACACUUUGCUGGACAUCUGGUUCCCGGAAAAGAAGCCCCUUCCCACGGCUUUCCUGGUGGACACCUCCGAGGAGGCCCUGCUCCUCCCCGACUGGCUGAAGUUGCGCAUGAUCCGCUCGGAGGUGCCUCGGCUGGUGGAUGCCGCCCUGCAGGACCUCGAACCUCAGCAGCUGCUUCUCUUCGUCCAGUCCUUCGGCAUCCCCGUCUCCAGCAUGAGCAAACUCCUGCAGUACCUGGACCAGGCCGUGUCCCACGACCCUCAGACGCUGGAGCAGAACAUCAUGGACAAGAAUUACAUGGCCCACCUUGUGGAAGUGCAGCACGAGAGAGGAGCUACCGGCGGUCAGACCUUCCACUCCCUUCUCACCACCUCCCUGCCGUCUCGCCGGGACAGCGAUGAGGCUCCGCAGCCCAAAAGCAGCCUCGACGCUCCACAAGGACAGGGCAGGAUCAGGGCUUUGGCCCAAAUCCGGGUUCUUGGUCCAGAAGAUGACUUGGCCGGCAUCCUUCUCCAGCUCUUUCCGUUGACUCCGGAUCCCCGGUGGCAGAACUCGAACCCGAGGCCCCUGGCCCUGGCCCUGCAGCAGGCCCUGGGACGGGAGCUGGCCCGGCUCGGCAGAGGCAACGCCCCAGCACCGGGGAUGGCAGUGCAGCUUUUGCAGGCGGUGGCCGCGCUGCUGAACUCCCCCCACGGCGGGGCCCUGGUGAUGGCCAUGCACCGGAACCACGUCGCGUCUUGCCCGCUCAUGCGCCUGCUGUGCCGGUAUCAGCGCUGUGCUCCCCAGGACGCGACCUUCUCCUCGCUCUUCUUCAAAGUCCUCAUGCAGAUGCUGCAGUGGCUGGAGAAUCCAGGGGUGGAGGAAGGGCCUCUCCGCACUCAGCUCAAGUCCUUCGCCGUUCAGUAUUCAUCCAGGCACAGGAUCAACGAUGUUCGCAGCGGGUUCCUGCACCUGGCCGAAGCCCUGGCUUUCCACCGUGACGCCGAUGUGGUCGGCUCCACCGUCUGUGCCAUUAUCACCACCUUGAAGUCCGGCGAAAAGUACAACGUGGAGCCGGAGCUGGUCAGCAAAGUCCUUCAAGGCCUGACGGAAAGCCACUCGCCGUACCUGGAAGAGCUGCUGGCGGCCCUCUUCUCCGUCACCAUGGAGACGUCGUCCCGCCUUCCCGCCACCGGGCCCAUUUCCUUGGUGAGCUCGUUGCUGCUCCAGGACAAAGAGGAGGCCGCCGUCAAGAAGGAAGCGGAGAGUCCCAGUGUCGAAACUGCCCAGCUGGGGCCUUCCUCCGGCCUGUUCAUUGAUUGGUUGGAGAUGCUGGACCCAGAAGUCAUCAGCAGUUGCCCGGAUCUCCAGCAAAGGCUGCUGUUCUCCUGGAAUAAGGAUAAAGGUCCUGCCGGGCCGGAGCCGCCCUCGUUCCGCCCGUACCUUUUGGCGCUCCUGACCCACCAGUCCAGCUGGACCACCCUGCACCACUGCAUCAAGACCCUGCUGUGCCAAAACCAUGAGCGCAGAUUUGACCCGACGGCAUCCUUGGAUUUCCUGUGGGCCUGCAUCCACAUCCCUCGGAUUUGGCAAGGACGAGACCAGAGGAUACCUCAGAAACGGCGAGAAGAGUUUGUGCUCCGGCUCACGGCUCCCGAACUCAUCAGCCUGGUGGAGCUGAUCCUGGCGGAAUCGGAGACCAGAAGCCAGGUUUGCGAAGGGGCCCCCUGCUCGGUCACCCAGUCCCGGCUGCCACUCUUGCUCAGUUGCUGCCACGGAGACGUCGAGAGCAUUAGAAAAGCCGCCGAGCACCUGACGUCCUGCGUCCAGCAGCGGGGAAGCGGCUCCAUGGGAAAACGUUGCCAAGACCUUCUCCUGCAGAUGUACCUUCAGCUCCCAGAGCUCCUGGUGCCAGUGCCGGAGACGCUGCUGUCCAGCGAAGGGGCCACCGACAGCAGCACCUGCAAACUCGACAGCCUGGUCCACCGGUUCAUCACCCUCCUUGCGGACUCCAGCGACUCGAAGACGAGCGAGAACCGUCUGUGGGAUGCCAACAUGGCCUGUCGGAAGUUGGCCGUCGCCCACCCCAUCCUGCUGCUCAGGCACCUACCGAUGGUCGCGGCCCUGCUGCACGGCCGGGUUCACCUGAACUUCCAGGAGUUCCGCCAGCAGAACCACCUCACCUUCUUCCUCCACGUCUUGGGGGUGCUGGAGCUGCUUCAGCCGCAGGUCUUCCAGAGCGAGCACCAGGGGGCGCUGUGGGAUUGUCUCCUCUCCUUCAUCCGCCUGCUUCUGAGCUACAGGAAAUCUUCCCGCCACCUGGCCGCCUUCAUCACAAAGUUCGUGCAGUUCAUCCACAAGUACAUCACCUUCAAUGCUCCGGCAGCCGUCUCCUUCCUGCAGAGGAACUCGGAUCCCCUCCACGACCUUUCGUCGGACAACAGCGAUCUCGCCAUGCUGAAAUCGCUCCUAGCCGGGCUGAGCAUGCCCAGCAAGAACGGCACGGCGGACAGAGGGGACGACAACGAGAAGGACGAUGAGGCCAUGGCAGGUUCUUUGCCCCUCGUCAGUGUCUCCCUCUUCACUCCGCUCACUCCAGCUGAGAUGGCCCCAUACAUGAAGAGGCUGUCCAGGGGCCAGACGGUGGAAGAUAUCUUGGAGGUGCUGAGCGACGUUGAUGAGAUGUCCAGGCGGAGGCCGGAAAUCCUCUCCUUCUUUUCCACUCACUUGCAAAGACUGAUGAGCUCCCCCGAGGAGACCUGCCGGAAUCUCGCCUUCAGCCUCGCUCUGCGCUCGAUACAGAACAACCCCAGCAUCGCGGUCGACUUCCUCCCCACGUUCAUGUACUGCCUCGGCAGCCGGGACUUUGAGGUGGUUCAGACGGCCCUCAGGAACCUGCCCGAGUACACUCUCCUCUGCCAAGAGCACGCGGCGGUGCUGUUGCAGAGAGCCUUCCUGGUCGGGAUGUACGGACAGGUCGACACCAGCUCCCAGAUCUCGGAGGCCUUGAAGAUUUUGCAUAUGGAAGCCAUGAUAUGAACAGCGGGGCCCGGGGGUGGGGGGCAGGACGCAGCAUGGAAAGACAGGCCCCAAACCCCCUGGCCAGGAAGCUGAGGAGAAAGCCCUUGCGCUUCAGCCUGCAUCCUGGCCGAGAGAAGGCCACGAUCCGCCUGCCAGAUGUCUUCCAUCGAAGGGAGGGAGGGAGGGAGGGCUCCAGGCGGCCUUCGCAGAGAUGUCAGCCAUCACAUCUGGAAAGCAGUUGGUCAGAGGACGCGUCAAGAGAUGCCAGAGCCUGUCCCAUUCUAGAUGGCAGCGGAGGUGGAAAGCCAAACAUUUCAAAGUCCUGCUUACAGGACCCCUUCCCGGUCUUCAAGGCUCCCUUCUUGUCUGGGGUGACAAAAGAAAGGGGGAUUAUCUGCUAGACUCUUCUGGGGGGGGGGGUUCCAGGUAAACCCCCCCCCAACAAUAUUGAUAGGAGUGAAGUUAAUCUCCACUGUAAUGACCGAAUAAUGUUUGUUACUCUUUUAAAAUUAAACGUACAUGGUUUCUGUUGUAGUUUCUUAACUUA